UGGAGGGAUUCUGAAAUGGAACAGAAGGAGGACGAGGAGGACACAGGAGUCAAUGCCACAACCACUCAGAAUACAACAGCUGCGGAUGCUCGUGGUCACCGUCCAGUAACACAGGACAGGGAUACCUACAGACCCAGCCAAUAUGCCCCACCCCCAAUCAGUGGGGGUGGCAGGUACCGCGGACGACCCACCAGUCCUCAGGUUGGGCAACCAGUGGUGCAGGAGAAGGAGGUGUACCCAGACACCGGAGGCUGCACGCAUGCCUUACCAGAGUUGGGGGUUUUAUGUCCUAACGGCUGUGAGCUGAAGACCAUGUUGCUGAAACAAGAGCAAACCGUCAAGCCGGAAGUUGCUGCGCUCAAGAGUCAGGUGGAGGAUUUAUCCCGCUCAUCCAACACAAUCUACGACUAUGUCAACAGCAUGUCCAACUCACUGAGGGAGCGGCAGCGAGUCAUGGACAACAACAACUUGGUGGUGAAUCAGUUUUCUGACAUUGUAGAGGAGCAACACGCUUACAUCAAGGAGACGAUGGACACAUUCUUCCCUUCAAACAUCAGAGUACUUCAGGGUGUGCUGGAAAAUAUCAAGCAAAAGAUCCUGAAGUUGGAGAAGGCGAUCAAGGCCCAGAAAGAACAGUGCAAGGAGCCUUGCCAGACCAAAUGUCCCAUACCAGUGGUUACUGGUAAGGAAUGUGAGGAUAUCUUCCGUCGUGGAGGAAAAGACUCUCAAAUGUACCUGAUCAAACCCGACAGUUCUCCUCCAUACAAGGUCUUCUGCGAUCAGACCACUAUGAAUGGAGGUUGGCUCCUCAUCCAGAACAGGCUCGAUGGCAGCGUGGACUUUGGGCGGCGCUGGGAUGACUAUAGGCGCGGUUUUGGAAACAUUGCCUUUGAUGUUGGAAAGGGUCACUGUGAGACUCCCGGUGAAUACUGGCUGGGUAAUGAACGCAUCAGUCAGCUCACCAAGAUGGGCCCCACUGAGGUCCUGUUUGAGAUGGAGGACUGGACAAAUGCCAAAGUCUACGCCCAGUAUAGGAAGUUCACCAUCCAGUCAGAGGCGUCCAACUAUGUGUUGGCAGUCGACGGCUACUCGGGUAACGCUGGCAACGGUUUGCUGGAGGGAUCACUGGAACUCUUUGGUGAAAACCGCACCAUGACCAUACACAAUGGUAUGAUGUUCAGCACAUACGACAGAGACAAUGACAACUGGAAUCCUGGAGAUCCAUCAAAGCAAUGCUCCCGGGAGGACGGGGGCGGUUGGUGGUACAACCGAUGCCACUCAUGUAAUCCCAAUGGCCGAUAUUACACCAGCGGCUUCUACACAGCGAAAAUGGCCAAACACGGCACAGACGACGGUGUGGUGUGGAUGAACUGGAAGGGCAGCUGGUAUUCGAUGAAGGCCAUUAGCAUGAAGAUCAGACCCUUCUUCCCGCCCUCGUAGACGUGUCGCAAAACGCACACGUACAUGUCGCGUACAGGAGGUCACGCGCAACAUGAUUUAAAAGUGUCACCAAGAGCAAAUUACUGAGUGCUUAAUGUCAGGUAAAGUUGUUUACACAUAAGCAGAAAGAUGAUUGGUUGUGGGUGGACAUGCGCUCGACUUUUUUUUUUGUAACGUCUGAUGUGUUUUGUGUGCGAUAACAGUAUGAGGAGCACGCCAACCUCCGCGACUCAAUAAACAAUUUGAGGAACAUA